AUGGCUACCCAGAAGCCAACAAACAUGCGGGCCCCUGUCGCCAACCCCGUCACCUCCUUCUGGAACUCUUCUCCGCGGGCGCUGGACGACCACCGCACUACUCCAGACCUACCCGCUUCCAGCGAUGUAGUCAUUAUCGGCGCUGGUUUUGCAGGAGUGGCUACGGCGUAUCAUAUCCUGAAAGACAACCCGUCUCCACCUUCUAUCACGAUUCUGGAGGCGAGGAAAGUCUGCUCCGGGGCGUCAGGGCGCAACGGCGGACAUGUCAAGCCCGACACGUAUUUCAAUGUCCCCAAGUACACCAAGCUCUACGGGGCCGAUGAGGCAGCAAAACUCGCUGCGUUCGAGGCAUCUAAUGUGUAUGCAGUGAAGGAGCUCGUUGAGAGCGAGGGCCUGGACUGCGAUUUCCACCUCACGCGGGCUGUGGAUGUAUACCUUGACCCGGAGCAUGCCAAGCAAACCGAGGCGGCGUAUCGCAACCUUUUGAAAGCGGGCAAGGUCAACCUGAAGGACGUAUCCGGAGUGAAGGGCGCCAAAUGCUGCUUCUCCUUCACGGCCGCCCACCUCUGGCCCGCCAAAAUGGUCCACCAGAUCCUGCACCGUCUUCUCGAAAAGGGCGUCAACUUACAAGCCAACACGCCCGUGAGCAGCAUCUCCGAGACGCCAGACGCAGACGGCAAGUGGGCGGUGCAGACCCCCCGCGGCGCCAUCACGGCCGGCAAAGUCGUCGUCGCGACCAACGGCUACACCGCGCAGGUCCUCCCGCAGUACGAAGACCGCAUCGUGCCCGUCCGCGGCAUCUGCAGCCGCAUCACGUCGCCCAAGGGCACCCGCACGCCGCACCUGGUCAACACGUACGGCAUCCGCUUCGACGCCGUGAACAACGACUACCUCAUCCCGCGGGCGGACGGGAGCAUCGUCGUGGGCGGGGCGCGGCAGAUGUUCUGGCACAAGCGCGCGGAGUGGUUCGACAACGUCCGCGACGACGAGCUGGUGCGGGGCGCGGCGCCGUACUUUGACGGUUACAUGCAGAGGCUAUUCCGGGGCUGGGGGGAUAGCGGGGCGGAGGUCGAUCGGGUGUGGACUGGCAUUAUGGGGUACAGCUCCGACUUCAUGCCGCAUCUCGGUGCGGUGCCUGGCAAACCCGGGCAGUUCAUCAUCGCUGGGUUUUCGGGUCACGGUAUGCCUGAGAUUCUGCUGUCCAGCAAGGGGGUUGCGGCCAUGGUAAGGGAUGGGGUUGCGUUCGCGGAGACGGGAUUGCCCAGCAUCAUGGAGACGUCAGAGGCGAGGAUCUCGCGCAAGGACAGCCCGCUGGAGGAGGGAUUGAAGUCGGUUUGGGAGGAGGGAGUGGUCAAGGCGAAGCUGUAA